AUGGAGCUUUCACUUGAAUUGCGCAAACAUGGCAUCAAAAUCACAUUCGUGAACACGGACUUCAACCACAAGCGAAUCAUGAAAGCUAUUCGGGCAACAAGGGGUGAAGAAGAAGGAGAAGAAGAGCGAGUGGGAAAUUAUCAGAUUAAACUGGUAUCAAUCCCUGGAGGGCUACAACAAGAGGAAAAAAAGGCUCGUCCUGUGGACAGAUUAAUGGAUUCAGGGUGGCAAGUCAUGCCAGAGAAGUUGUUGAAGCUGAUCCAAGAGAUAAAUGAAUCAGAAAGCGAAAAGAUCAGCUGUGUAGUGGCAGAUAAGGCAUCCUAA